ACGAAGAUGAAGAAGGUGGCCCCGAGGCAGAAGACGAACAUCAGCGCGAAGGGCACGGUCCGGGUGGUGGUGAGCAAUCGAUGCGGGAUCAAAGCGUGUUCGCCCAUGAAGAUCUGCUCGACAGGGAAAGCGAUGGCCAAAACGCCAGACACGACGAGCAGAGCGAUGAUGCGGCCGCUGGACCAUGAGUAUGUGCCGCCACCCCACUGGAGAGCAACGAGCAGGCAGAUCACGGUCGGAAUGAACAGGACGAUGCCUGGGAGGUCAAGCUUCCUGAGCAUCUCCAGGACGGUUUGCUCCUUGCGGCGCGAGGCGUGGACGCGGAAGAAGAACAUGACACCCACAAAUGUGAGGAAACCAAGCUAUCGACCCGUCAGUGCUAGUUUAAUGCAGUAUAUUUAUUGA